ACAUCGCAAAAAUGUUAGCCAAAUUUUUUCCGCUCAUCAAGGAAAGGCCUUUAAACGAACGUGUUCAAUCGCGCGAUGCUUUUAUUUACUUGGAUAGGGUUAUGUGGACCUUGGGCUGGACAGAACCUUAUGAAAAAAGAUGGGCAGCGGUUUACAAGGUAUUUUGCUUUCUCACAACCAUGGUAUGCUUUAUCUUGGUGCCGAUAUCGAUUGUCGUGGAAUAUGUUCGACGUUUCAAAAGUUUCUCUGCUGGAGAGUUCCUCAGUUCUCUUGAGAUCGGGGUCAAUAUGUAUGGAUGCUCCUUUAAGAACACCUACACCUUGCUUGGUCAGAGGAAAGUGCGUAAAGCAAAACUGAUACUGGAUCGCCUGGACGAAAGAUGCCUUCGGGAUGAGGAGAAAUCACUGGUGCAUCGCUAUGUGGCCCUAGGAAACUUUAGCUACGUGGUGUACCACACGUGUUACUGGGUCUUUGUGAUCACCAACUUCAUAGGUUUUCUGCUGAUAGGUCAUCAUGCUUGGCGCAUGUUUAUUCCGCUGCUCAAGUCGGAUGAGCAUUUCCUGAUAUCCAGUGUUGCGGAAUUUUUACUAAUGCUCUACGUGGUGACCAUGGCUCAGUGCUCGGAUGUUUGUCCCACGGUCAGCAUGCUGAUGGCUCGAUGUCACAUCCUACUGCUCCAAAAACGGGUGUUGCGUCUUCGAUCGGAUCCGGGGAAAGGAGACGAUGAGGACUUGGAGGAACUGGCCAAGUGCAUCCAGGAUCAUCAUUUGAUAUUGGACUAUGUCAACACACUGCGACCUGUCUUUUCGGGAGUCAUUUUCGUGCAGUUCCUGCUGAUUGGCGUAGUCUUGGGCCUCUCGAUGAUCAACGUAAUGUUUUUCCUAUCAUUUUGGACCGGUCUUGGAACUUGCCUCUUUAUGUUCGACGUUUGCAUGGAGACAUUUCCCUUCUGCUACCUCUGCAACAUGAUUAUCGAUGAUUGCCAGGACCUCUCUGACAGUCUAUUUCAAUCAAAUUGGACGUCUGCCAGCCGUCGCUACAAAUCCACUUUGGUUUAUUUCCUUCACAAUCUGCAGCAACCCAUUAUCCUCACGGCAGGUGGAGUUUUCCCGAUUUGCAUGCAGACAAAUCUAUCUAUGGUUAAGCUUGCCUUUUCUGUAGUUACUAUUAUAAAGCAAUUCAACUUAGCCGAAAAGUUUAAAUAGGCAUACAUUUUAAAUCGAUAUAGUCUUGUAAUGAAAUUACUUUGUAGAACUAUGCAAAAUUAAUAAAUAGCAAUA